UUUGAAUCGUUUGUGAGGUUAAUGUGUGUUUUCUUCGUGUCACCGUUUGAAUGCGAAGCAGAAAAGAAUAUUUGUGAGUUUUUCAGAGGAACUUGAAGUUGAAGGUUCCGCUGCAGGUCUGAUCCGGAUCCAUCUGUUCCCCCACGGAGAAGAACCAAACAGCGGGAUGGACUGUGGAGCUAACAGCGAUCUGUUCUUUCUCACUGAUGAGAAGUUCGACUUCGAUGUUUCUCUGUCACCUGCCAGCUCCAAAGGUGAUGAAGAUGAGGUAUUCUUGGGUCCCGUCAGCCACAAGGAGAGGUGCGUCUCCGUUAACGUGGCGUCUCUCGGCGGCGGUGCAGGAGGAGGAGGAGGAGGAGGAGGAGGAGGAGGAGGCGGCGUGCGGGCGAGCUGGAGUCCACUGAGCGGGGAUCAGCUGGAGGCUGUGUGUCAGGAAGCCCACAGACUAGCCGACCAGCUGCAGUGCUCUGAACUGAGUAGCCAGCCACGCGGCGAGGAUGCCGAGACCGCCGACACUACUGCCGACAAGGACGAGUUCGUCCAGGACGCCGUGGCCAAACUGGGCGUGCUCCAUCAGACCGCCAGCGCACUCAGCCCCAUCAAACGGCAGACCUUCUGUGUGCAGGACAGUCCCAUGAAGCAGCUGCCGCCUGCUGUCCAGCACCGCCUGCUGAGAGGAAGCAGCUCCACUACAUCCACCUGCCCGGCCUCUACAUCUACAUCCACCCGCCCGACCUCUACAUCCACCCACCCUGCCACUACAGCCUCAUCCACCCGCCCCACUGCCGGACGGAGCACCUCCAGUCCCGCGGCCGCGGUCAAGCCUCUGCCCAGGACGGGGCUGCGAGGGAAAGGCACCCUCGGCGUGGCCGUGGUGCUGCCGAGCAGACCGGCUGCCACAACAAUGUCCUGUUCUGCCGGCAAGAGCAGAGUGGAGAAACCCAGAAUGCAACCACCGAGCAAACCGUUGGGAAGUUGGAGGCGGAGUCCGUCCUGUCGCCUCUCCAGCAGAGCGGAGUCGUCUGAGGAUCUGCUCUCUGAUUCUGCGAGUGUGGCGUCUGACGUCAGCGACUCCUCCCUCAACUCCAGCCUUCAGGGAAAGCGCACGCUGGCUCCGCCCACCAAGGUGGCACACCUGUUCAAAACCGACUCUGCACAAACUUCACCAUUAAAGCUGAUUCUGGUGGAACAGCUCCACCUGUUGGGCAGACGUGCUCUGGGGAACAUGUCAGGUGUGAAAGCUCCGCCCCCUCAGAAGAGGAGGGUGACAGAGAGGAAGAACACGUCGUCAUCCUCGUCCUCAGUGUCCAGCUUCAACUCCAGCCUCUCUCUUUCCCCAGCUAAAGGUAAACUGAACUCAUCUCUGAGCCGGAGUCAGAGCAGCUCCACUGGCCCCGCCCCCAGCAUCAGCAGACCGGCCAAUCAAAGCAGGCCGCGACGCUCCACCGUCUACGCCGCCGCAGAGCCAGCGUCCUCCACCACUGGCUGCCGCUCGCUGUCCACACAGGCCAGGAAGCUGUCUGAGGUGGAGCGUGUCAAAGCCACCCGGUCCACGCCGCUUAAGAGAGCUGAGGCCACGCCCCUCCAGGUGACGCCCGCCAAGAGGGUUUUGGAGAGGUCCGCCUCCAUCCCCGUGGCUGCUUCGGUCCGGCUGCAGAGCGGAUUGAAGACCAAAUCCAAACCAGAGGCGCUGGUCGCACCGACACCCGGCGGAAUAGUCAGAGGAGUCCGCCAAGGAGACGCUCCAGACUCCUCAAAGCCAAAGAGGUUGACGGCCAUGAGCGGCGUGGACAGUCUUCCUCAGAAGCCGUCUGCUGGUCCUCAGACGCCCUCUGCUGGCAGCUGCACGUCGCUGCAGGCUAAGACAAGGCGUCCCUCCGCCCUACCCACCCCCGUCAGGCGCAGGAUGUCCUCCAUCCCUGUCGCGACGCCAACCAGAGCACCGUCCACCUUUGACUUUCGCCCCGCCCCCGCCUCAGCCAGGAGAGAGAGAAGCUGCAGCCCCGCCCCUGCAGACGCACAGGAAGCGGAGCCUGUUGGUGCCCUCGAGGUCCAGCCCUUCUGUCUGGAGGAGGAGGAGCCGGAGCUGCCUGCUGCCCCGCCCACCAGCCCUUCACAGCCUGACCAAUCAGAGAGCGCAGAUCCUGGAGCUCCGAGUCAGGGCGAAUCAGAGCCCAUCAAGCACCUGAUCGAACUGCAAACUACAGAGGAGAAAAGCAAGAUACAGGAGGUUCUCCUGUUGGAUCUUCCAGCGCCGACUCUGCACAUUCAAGAGAAACUGCUCAUCGACUUGACCAACACCCCCGACCUGAUCAGGACCAGCGGCAAGACCUGCACCUCCACUCAGCAGCUGAUUGACUUGAGCUCUCCGCUCAUCAAGUGGAGUCCAGAAGAGAAGAGGGAGAACAACGCUCCGCUCAUCAACCUGUCCUUCUGAUCCACGUUCCUCCUGAAGACCUGGAUCUUCCGAUCCACGUUCCUCCUGGAGACCUGGAUCUUCCGAUCCACGUUCCUCCUGGAGACCUGGAUCUUCCGAUCCACGUUCCUCCUGGAGACCUGGAUCUUCUGCUCUCUGCAGUGAACUGGACUCGGCAGGUUUCUGUCUUCAGAAACUCUUAAUAAUCAUAACCCAGUUAAGUUAACGACUCGGUGAAGUCUUCACUGAAGUAUUUUGUUUUAAAGAUGAAAAUAUUCAAAGGUUGCUGAAGGUUUUCUGCAUCUGAUUGUACUUUUUAUUCGUCUCCAGCUUGCUGCUCUUAUUGAUGUCUGAAUAAAU